AUGGCGAUCCGCCGUUCCGCGCGCAUUCGUCGUGCUCAGGACACCCCGGAGGUUGAAGACAUGACCCCUCAGCCAGUCCCAGCUUCCAGACUUCACUCUGUUGCCGAAGGCGAGGAGACUGACAACUUCGAACUCCCACACAUCCAAACCCCCCUUGCGAAAACUUCUUCUCAAAAAACUCCUCGUGCGUCUGCUCAACAAAAGCGCGCUAGUAUGAGGACCCCCACUAGUGUGACUGCGGCUCGUCCGUCCCGCGAAGAAAUGCAUCCUAGCAAGGCGCAACAGAGCACAACCAAGCACGCAGACUCAGGCCUGCUCCUCGGGUUCAAUCCCAUUAAGAAAGAUGCCAAUGGUAAUGUAGUCAAGCACAGCAUCAGUGACAAUACCCCGACCAAAUCGAAGGCGUCUCCCGCGACCGACCAGUUCGGAACCCCAGGAUUCGAGUACAAGUUUCACUCCCAGGAGACGGAACUCAGUGACGAGGCCAAACUGCUGAUGGAAAGCCUCCGUGCUGAUGCAGCUCGAAUCAAGGCGCAAAUGGCCCAGGAUAACUCGGAGCAAGAACGUGAAGAUCACGAGGCCGAACAAGUUCAUGGAGACCGGAAGAUCGCCAUGCCAAAGGGCAAGGCCAACCGCUUCAGCGACAUCCACAUGGCCGAAUUCAGAAAGAUGGACUCCAUUGCUGGGCAUCCUUCAUCUUUCCGUGCUACUCCCGGUCGCUUCCAGCCUGUUACCAAGUCCCUGAAGCGGUCCAAGUCCAAGGCGCAGCUUGACGAACCAGAGAGCCAGAAUUCGUCCCCUUCUCGCUCUGCCAUUAAGAUCUCAAACCUGACCACUCCCACGGCUGCUACAACAGCUAAGCGUGCCAAGCACAACCAAAGCGAAGAUACAUCCACUCGUCAUGAAUCACAGAAGGAUCAAACACAGAAGGUCGAAACCCCUCGCCGACCUGCAGGUCCUCGCCCUCGCCCUCGCACAAACGUUCGCAGUUCCCUCAUGACUCCCACACAUGCUUCGCUUGCUCGUACUACCUCUACCAGCAUCAAGGCGCCGAGGACCUCGAUGAUUCCAUCCUUGAAACUCUCUCCGGCCGCCAAAACAAUGGCCUCACCUCGAACUCCUCGCACUGAUUUCAACCCACGCCUCAAGAGCAAAUUGCCCACCCUUGGUAGCCUUAGGUCUAUUCUUCGUCGGCGCCAACCACUCUUCUCCCGCGACCCUGCCAAAAUUGCGUCUGGUACCCACGUUGCGGCGCCCGAUUUCAAUCCCAAGUCGCUCUUUGGAGGAGCUGGUGAUAUGAGCGACUCUGCUCCAACCCCUUCACCAAAGAAGCAUGUUGAAUUUACUCCGAGUGUCAAGUCUCGUCACGAACUUGCUGUCGCCUCACCCUCUCCUUCCAAGGCCUCUUCCGCUCAGCGUCGUUCCAUGGCCGGAGAUGUGGUCUAUCCCACUCUCCCGGCUCUGACUCCGGAGAAGAACUCGGCUGCCUUGACGUCCACUACUCCUACUUCUGAUUUCAAGUCCAUUCGUCAUGUUCGUAAAUCGGAUGCCGGUGAACAACCCGCUCCAUAUCAGGAGCUUCCCGUGGUGACUCAUGGCAUUGCUCAUGGCAUUGUCAAUAAAAAGAGGCACCGCAAUGAAGUUAACGACGAGGAUGCUCCCAGCACUACAAAUUGUGAGAAUGCGCCGCCUAUUGUUGUGCAGUCUGAAGAGCGCAGCACCAAGAGGUUCAAGUCCAACCCGCCUACUCCAAGCCCGGUGAAGAAACGCCUUAUCAAGACUCCUGUGCGUCCUUCUGGCCAAAUUGGCACUCCCGCCAGCAAGCAAAAGAGUCGUGGUGUUCUCAGCAUGAGCCGCCUCAACAUGCUUUCGAAGCCGAAGGGACAGGCCUAA